AAGAAAAGAAAAGAAAAGAAAAACAACUAAAAAUAAAUAGCAACUCUCUCUCUCUCUCUCUCUUGAAGGCUGAAGUAGUAGUAGUGCUGUUAGUAGUAAAACGUUGAGGAAAUGAUGAGAAAUGCAGCUAACGAAUACACCAAUUGAGCUCAAUUCGAACCCUCAGAUCUGAGGAUUGAACCUCCUUCUAUCGAAAUCUUUUCUGGGUUUUGCUUUGUUCCCCACUUACCGAAAAAAAAAGGGAAUAAUUGGUUCUAAGACUUUGGUUGCCGAGUGCGUAAAAUGGCUAAAUCCCGGCAACAUUUAUCCGGGGAGGAUGAUUCUUCAUUAGAGCCUCCGUCUUUGAGGAGAGAACCAGAAGGCCCUUUGCGGUGGACUGAGUACUUGGGUCAGGAAGUGGCUUUUAAAGGGUCUUCCAGAGGCUCCUCUAAUGGGAAGUCUGAAGGGCAGGUCCAGAGCUCGAAUGGAUUGAGUCAUAAGGGAUUGAACUUGCAAUGGGUUUACCAGCUCACACAAGUUGCUGAAGGGCUGAUGGCCAAGAUGUAUAGGUUGAAUCAGAUUCUGGAUUAUCCUGACGUGGUUGGUCAUGGUUACUCAGAAGCAUUUUGGAAAUCGGGCAUUUUUCCCAACCAUCCCAAGAUUUGUGUCUUCCUCGCAAAGAAGUUUCCAGAGCACCAUAGCCGACUACAGCUUGAGCGUGUUGAUAAGGUUGCUUUGGAUGCAAUGAAUGAUGGAGCUGAAGUUUAUUUACAAAGCUUGGAACCAUGGAUUCAGUUGCUUCUUGACCUAAUGGGGUUCCGGGAACAAGCUUUGCGCCUCAUAUUGGAUUUGAGUAGUACUGUAAUUACCUUAUUGCCCCAUCAGAAUUCUCUAAUAUUGCACGCAUUUAUGGACUUAUUUUGUUCCUUUGUUCGUGUCAAUCUCUUAUCUGAGAAGAUUCCAAGAAAGAUGAUGCUUCAGACGUAUAAUCUUUUGCAUGCAAUGGCUAGAAGUGACAGAGACUGUGACUUUUACAAUCGGUUGCUCCAAUUUGUGGAUUCGUUUGAUCCUCCAUUGAAGGGGUUGCAUGAAGACCUGAACUUUGUCAGUCCUCGAAUUGGGGAGGUUCUUGAGGCCAUUGGCCCAACAAUAUUUUUGUCUACUGAUACAAGGAAGCUGCGGAAUGAGGGGUUUUUAAGCCCGUUUCAUCCUCGAUAUCCGGACAUUCUAACUAACUCGGCACAUCCCAUGAGGGCUCAAGAGUUGGCUCAUGUCACUGCUUAUAGAGAAUGGGUAUUGUUUGGCUAUCUUGUUUGUCCUGACGAGCUUCUCAGAGUAACUAGCAUUGACAUUGCUCUGGUAGUGCUGAAGGAAAACCUGGUGCUUACUUUAUUCAGGGAUGAGCACAUAUUGCUGCAUGAGGAUUAUCAAUCCUAUGUUUUGCCACGGGUAUUAGAAUCGAAGAAGAUGGCUAAAUCUGGACGAACAAAGCAAAAAGAGGCAGACAUGGAGUACAGCAUUGCGAAGCAAGUUGAGAAAAUGAUAAGUGAAGUUCAUGAGCAAGCCCUACUGUCCUGUGAUGCCAUACACCAUGAACGAAGAAUAUUGUUAAAGCAAGAGAUUGGAAGAAUGGUUCUUUUUUUCACAGACCAACCAAGUUUAUUAGCUCCUAAUAUUCAGAUGGUAUUUUCAGCAUUAGCCUUUGCUCAAAGUGAGGUAUUGUGGUAUUUCCAGCAUGUUGGAGUUGCUUCAUCCAAACCCAGAACUGGUCGAGUAGUGCCAGUAGAGAUUGAUCCAAAUGACCCAACUAUUGGGUUCUUACUAGAUGGAAUCGACCGCCUGUGUUGCCUUGUUCGCAAGUAUAUUGCAGCUAUUAGAGGCUAUGCCUUAUUGUUCCUAUCAUCAUGUGCUGGUAGAAUUCGUUUUCUUUUGGGCACUCCUGGAAUGGUGGCUCUUGAUCUGGAUGCAACAUUGAAGGGACUUUUCCAGAAGAUUGUUCAGCACCUUGAAAACAUACCAAAACCUCAGGGUGAAAAUAUCUCUUCCAUCAAUUGUGAUUUAUCAGGCUUUCGUAGAGAUUGGAUGUCAAUCUUGAUGAUUGUUACCUCUGCUCGCUCAUCCAUAAACAUUAGACACUUGGAAAAAGCUACCGUAUCGACUGGGAAGGAAGGUUUACUAUCAGAAGGAAAUGCUGCUUAUAAUUGGUCAAGAUGCGUUGAUGAACUUGAGUUUCAGUUGUCAAAACAUGGGAGUUUGAAGAAACUUUACUUCUAUCAUCAACAUCUUACAACUGUUUUCCGGAACACCAUGUUUGGGCCUGAAGGCCGCCCGCAACAUUGCUGUGCAUGGCUUGGUGUUGCUAGUAGUUUCCCAGAAUGUGCUUCUCCAAUUGUUUCUGAAGAGAUCACUAAAAUAGGGCGUGAUGCAGUUCUGUACGUUGAGUCCCUUAUUGAAUCCAUCAUGGGAGGAUUAGAAGGAUUGAUUAACAUCCUUGAUUCUGAGGGUGGAUUUGGGUCUUUGGAAAUGCAGCUUCUUCCUGAGCAGGCAGCGAAUCUUAUGAAUUUAACAUCCAGGCUUUCUGCUCAAUCAUUCAAGUCUCCAAGGCCCGUGUCUGGUUUUCAUUUUCCUGGUUUUGAGAGCUACCCUGCAAAUAGUGAAUCUAUAAAAAUGCUAGAAGCAGCAAUGCAGAGAUUGACGAAUCUUUGCUCAGUCUUGAAUGACAUGGAGCCUAUCUGCGUUCUUAACCAUGUAUUCGUUUUGAGGGAGUACAUGCGAGAGUGUAUCCUUGGAAACUUCAAAAGGAGGUUUCUCGCUGUUUUAAAAACUGACAAUGAUCUCCAGCGGCCUUCUGUUCUAGAAUCGUUGAUCCGUAGGCAUACGGCCAUAGUUCAUUUGGCAGAACAACACAUCAGUAUGGACCUCACACUUGGAAUUCGAGAAAUUAUUCUUUCUGAAACUUUCUCCGGUCCUGUAUCUUCCUUACACUUGUUUGAAAAGCCAUCAGAGCAGCACACUGGAUCUGCUGCUGAAUCUGUAUGCAACUGGUAUAUAGAAAAUAUCGUUAAGGAUAUAUCCAAUGCUGGUAUCCAAUUUGCGCCAUUACACAGAUGCUUCAAAAGCUCAAGGCCAGUUGGGGGAUAUUUUGCAGAAUCUGUGACUGAUAUUCAGGAACUGAAAGCAUUUGUGCGAAUUUUUGGUGGCUAUGGAGUUGAUAGAUUAGAUCAAAUGGUAAAAGAGCACACAGCUGCCCUUCUGAAUUGUAUUGACACAUCUUUACGAGCAAACCGUGAGAAUUUGGAGGCAGUUGCUGGAAGCAUGCAUUCCGGGGACCGAUUGGAAUUAGAAACAAAUAUUAAGCAAAUCAUUGAUAUGGACACAAUGAUUGGGUUCUGUAUCCAAGCAGGGCAGGCAAUUGCCUAUGAUGGUCUUCUAUCAGAAGCUGCAGGGGCUGUGCUUCAAGAUGGUGCACCUUUGAUACACUCAUUGCUUGCUGGUGUGUCUAAGCAUUUGCCUGACGAAAUACCGGAGAAGAAGGAGAUUAGAAGAUUGAGAAGAGUGGCUAACCCCAUGAAUGUACUUGGAGAUCAUGAUUCUGAGUGGAUUAGAUCUAUUUUAGAAGAGGUUGGGGGUGCAAGUGAUGGUUCAUGGAACUUGCUGCCAUACUUAUUUGCGACAUUUAUGACUUCUAGCAUUUGGAACACAACUGCCUUCAAUGUUGACACUGGAGGCUUCAGCAAUAACAUCUGCUGCUUGGCUAGGUGUAUAACCGCAGUUAUUGCUGGAAGUGAGUUUGUGAGACUGGAAAGGGAACAUCAACAUAAACAGUCCUUCUCAAAUGGUCAUGUUGAUCAGACACUGAAUUCUGAAGCACCAAGUCGCUUGUCAGCUGAGGCAAACAUUAAGAAUAUUAUGCAGCUUUUUGUAAAAUUUUCAGCUGGAAUCAUUCUGGACUGCUGGAGUGAAAACAACAGGUAAGAUGAUCUUUUCCUUAUCUUGGCUGAGAAAUUUCCUCAAAAACCAACUGAUUGCUAAGGUGGGCAAUAUGGCUUUUCACAAGCUUCAUUGAUUUUUCUUUCAUUAUGUUUUAAGAAUUAGAGUUCUGGUAAUCAUCUACAUUUAUCAAUCUACAUUUUAGCAUAUAACUAGAAUUGUGAUCAUAAUAUAAGUCUAAAAUGGAGAACAUAUUUUAGCUAAAAGGACUCAGCAUUAAACAGAGAUCCAAUCCAGCCUAUAAAGACUCUCCUGUGUAGGUUAUCCUGGGCUACAUGAACUUUUAUGUUUGAUAUAGUCGUGGGGAAGAGGAUGACUAUUUUGCUUCUGUGACAUAUUUAAACACGCAAGUUUUUCGAACGAUGGUUAUUCUCCUUUUUAUCUGCUCAGGUCGGAUCUCGUUGCCAAGCUGAUAUUUCUGGACCAACUCUGUGAACUAUCGCCAUACCUACCUCGAAGUUCACUGGAGUCUCACAUUCCUUAUGCUAUCAUUCGGUCAAUCUACAGCCAGUAUUACACGAAUUCUCCUUCAGUACCCUUGGCAUUGUUAAGUGCAUCCCCUCGCCACUCGCCUGCCAUGGCACACGCGUCGCCCGUGGUGAGGCCACGGGGAGAUUCAACCCCUCAAUCAAGUGUUCAUGAUUCAGGGUACUUCAAAGCAUCAACAACCCCUGGCCAUGAUCAACAAUAUGACGGUGGUAGUGCAAGCAUACGAAGUAUGGACAAGCUGCAGCGGAGUGCUCGGCGUUCUGGCCCAUUAGAUUACAGUUCCAACCGGAGAGCAAAACAUGUUGAAGGUUCAACAUCAGGGAGCACGGGUCCUAGUCCGUUGCCUAGGUUUGCAGUGUCAAGGUCAGGUCCCAUAUCAUACAAAUAGAAACAUCUGAUUCAGGAAGUUGUGUAUAGUUGCUGCUGUUAGUUUUAGAUCUAUAGUAGGCUGAGGUCACUCAUUGUAAAAUGCUCCCGUUUUUGAAGUGUUCAUAUCUUGUAUAGAUUCCCUUCUCUUUCAAUCGAAGCAUUUUCAAUCUUUGGAUAACAUAAUCACACAAUCACAUCACACUAUUCUGUUACAUGAUUUCCAACAUUGCAGCUGAGCUAGAGUUGGUAGCUGGCUUGCCGGGCCGGGUUUUAAUUCACUAGCAAGAACGUGGGUGUAGGGAGACACCAGAAUCAGUGGAUGUUUGCUCCAUUUUAUAAAAAAACUGGAAAAAGAGCUUUGAAUGUAGAAGCAUACAUAGAGUGAAUAUAUCUUAGAAAGGCGCUUCUCUUUACAAUACCUAAUGAGGUUACAACAAAUCCCUCGAAUGACAGUGAAGGAGUAUUUACAUAGUACAAACAUCAUAAUCUACGACAUGAUCUUGGAACAAACAUCCGUUGUAUAAUCAUCUCAGAUGGUGCCUGAGGAAUAAAAUAAGAAACAGUAUUCUGGUAAAAUGAAUGAAGACAUGAAACAUACGGCCAAAGAAAGCACAAUCUUGGAACGAACCUCAAAGUCUCUUUAGUUCCACGGCGAACUUUGCAACGAAUAGUUGGCAGCCCAAGGCGUUGAUGAGCCUCGUACCGGUGGCAACCAGAGAAACCUAUCAAAGUACAAGAGACCAAGACAGGAGAUUUAUAUACAUUCUCCGAAGUUAUUUAAUACAAUAUAGCUGAACCUGAAAAAUGUUAGAAACUGGAAAAGACUUGUGUCUACAGAACUCAGGAGUGCAGAUGUAGAGAAAUUGAGCUAAUGCUCACCAUAGUAUACUCCAUCAACCUCAAGCACGUCAAUCUGCAUAAUUGCAUUGCACCGGAUGACAAUUCAGAGGAUUGUAUGAACAGCACAAUAACAAGAGAGGAGAAAACUAAUAUCAGCCAGCUAUACGAUAUGUAGAAUGAUGGUCUCUAAUGGUCAGUGAAUAAAAAGAGCUGAGUUUCCCAUCUCCAUUUAUGUUACAAGGAAACACUGAUUUAUUGUUUACGGAGAUGAAGAUUGCUUGACUGAGGCUAUGACAGCCAAUUGGCAAGAUUGUACAUAACAACUUAACAAGGGUUGCAGAGACUGCAACAACUCAAGACUGAACUAUUAUAUCCCCUCCGUCCCAAAAUAAUUUUCCAGUUUGGAUUUUCAUUUUUAGUUCAAAUUGUACUAAAAGUGAAAAUCCAAACUGGACAAUAAUUUUGGGUCAAAGGAGUAUUAUUAUUCCGAGAUUGGAAUAACCAUAUGUUAUUAAGUUAGCACCAGAUCUUAAGUACAAACAUGCGCUAUCACACACUUAUCGGGUAAAUAAAUUUCUUUCUGUAAACCAGUAAACGCAUGCCUCCCAAAAUUGAAACACUUUGGUUAGAGGAAGUUUAGCAACUAAGUUUUUUAGUUGGAAAAGGGCCAGUUGAAGUUCAGUAACCACUAUACUAGAAAAACCUUGAGAUCAGAAACCGAUGACAGUAUAUUUGAUUAAAAAUUUUCAUAACAUGAAUUCAUGAAAACAGAAACCACUUCUCUAACCAACUCUCAUUUAUCUUAACAGACACAAUGGACUUUCCAGUGGUGUUAAACAUUUCCCUUCCGCGAUACUAGAGAGGCGCUUUGUGGAACAGCAAUAAUGCCAUAAAUAGAAAACCAAACUAGGUUUUGUACUUCAAAGUUCACAAACAAUGAAUCUAAAACAAUAUUUUCAAGAAAAUUGUGGGUACUGAUGGCCUUACAGGUACUUGAAGACCAAUUUCACUGAUACUGUCCAUGAGUUCCUUCACCUUGUGAGGAUCAUUUGCUCUAGUUCGCAUCAGGGGUCGUCGAAUUUGUUCGAGGGGAAGCUCCAAUAUCACGGGUCCCCCAGAUUGAGCAGGAACACCAGGAGGUGAUCCUGAAAAUCACAAGAGCAUUAAAUAUAUACUGAAUAACUGCAGUGAAAUCAGACAAAGUCUUGAACUUUCUUUUCUGGAGACAAAAUCCAACUAUGUACAGGCCCAAUUCAGUCUACAUCCUUAAGAUUUCGUCAAAGCACACAUAAAAAGAACCCAAUUUGAAGAAAUCCUCUGAAACUUAGAAAAAGACCAAAUUUAGAACAGACCCACCAAUCAAAAAUGCCAGAGAGCAAAAUUUCAUCUCAGUUUAGCAGGCUUUAGCUCCAUCUACAUGUAUAAGAUCAUAAAAGUAAGAAGAAAUAAAUGGUAAGCGACAAAACGUGGAGCUAUUUACCAUUAGAGGAAGCUGAGAGAGCAAAGCUCCUGGGAGCGUUAGGGAGUUGUAGCAGAAAAUUCGCCAUCUUUUUAC